AUGCCGCAUCGCCAUGACCCCUGUUGCCAGGCGGUGGUGCUGGCCGGGGCCUCCGGCUCCCGCCUGCACCCCCUGAACUCCGGGGGCACGCCCAAGGUGCUGCUCCCCGUGGCCAACCGCCCCCUCCUCUCCUUCCCCCUGCGCACCCUGGAGGAGGCCGGGGUGGCGGAGGUGCUGGUGCUGUGCGAGGGCGACGCCGCGGCCUCCGCGGUCCAACACUGGCUGGCCGGCUACUCGGGCGCCCUGGCCGUGGAGGCGGUGCGCGUGACAGAGGGCAGCAGCCCCGUGGAGGCGCUGCGCGGCGUGCGCGACCGCCUGCGUGCGCCGCACGUCGUGCUGCUGUCAGGGGACGUGGUGACGGAGGUGCCGCUGCAGGCGCAGCUGCUCACGCACCGAUUGCGCGGCGCGGCGGUGACGCCGCUGCUGGCGCGCCGCCGCGAGUCCGCCGCGGCGGAGACCAAGCCCGGCCAGGCGCCCAAGAACGUGGACUACGUGGGCUUGACCGCCGACGACGGCCUGGCCUUCUACCUGCACUCCCCGGACCGCGCGCGGCAGCUGCGCAUCCCGCAGCGCGUGGUUGACCGCGUGCCGUCGCUGACGCUGCGCACCGACCUCACCGACAUGCACGUCUACGUGUUCCAGACCGAGGCGCUGCGCGCCGUGCUCGCCGCCCGCCAGGACCUGCACAGCCUGGAGGAGGGCAUCGCCUGGCGCUGCGCCGCCUUCCUGGCGCCGGAGGGGGCCUACUGCUGCCGCGCCAACUCGCUGCAGGCCUACGCAGAGGUGAACCGCGACGUGCUGGCGGGGGCGCCCGCCGCCAGCCUGCUGCGCGAGGCGCCCAACGCCAAGUACGAGAACUUUGUCCAUUCCUCAGUCCAGAUGGGGUCCAAGGCGGCAGUCGGGGCGGGGUGCAUGAUCGGCGAGGACGUGGUGCUGGGCGACAAGUCUACGGUCAAGCGCUCAGUCAUCGGUCCCAACUGCAGGAUCGGCGCAGGCGCCAAGAUCAUAAACAGCGUGCUCAUGGCAGACGUGACGGUGGAGGAUGGGGCGCACGUGCACGGCUCCAUCCUGUGCAACAGGGCGGGGGUGGGUGCCGGGGCCAGCCUGAGGGACUGCCAGGUCAGCCCAGAGUUCAGGGUGGGCGAGGGCGCCGACCUGCGCGGGGAGGUGCUGGCCUCCAGCAGAUGA